AUGCUGGGGAGUGGGAUGCAGGGAACUUCACUACCGGGACUUGUUGAUUAUUUCGCAGGAGAGGAAUCAGUCCGGUGGAGAGAGAAGGUUUGGCCAAAGGGGUUGAAUGCGGGUGAUUGUGGGGUUAGUGGGAGUUUUGGAUUUGGGGGUGGUGCGAGUGCUAGUGGAGGUGGAGGUGGAGAUGGAGUGAGUGUGAGGAAUGAGAUGGAGAAUGAGAUGGAGAAUGAGAAGAGAGAUGAAACGGAUGAGGGAACAAAAAGACCAAAAUAUAUCAUUCAUACCCAUACCCCGGAUUUCGCGGAUAAAGUUAUAGUUUGCCAGGGGAUGGGGAUUGCGGGGAGGGAGGAGGAGAAACGGAAGAAGGUGGGAGAGGAACGAAGGGUGAGGGAAGAAGAGGAGGAGGAACGGAGGGAGAUCGUGGAGAAUGGUAUGAGCGAAGGAAUAGCAAAUGAUGAGGCUAUAAAUGAGUCGGAUAUAGAAACAGAGACAGAGACAGAGAAGAUAGAAAGUAUAAUCGCGAAAAACGAACCCACGGAUACAAUAAUGACGGAUGCAAAUAUAUCAUCACACCAAACUCCAGAGAUACACGCAUAA